GAAUCGUAAAUCGGUCGUCUCGACGCCCCUCGUGUUCUCUUCUGCUUCUGAGAUUCAGUCUGUGGUUGCAGUCAUUGAGGCUCGCAGCCAUUUUUCAGCUGGUGAAACUUUUUCUCAAGUAUUUUAUUGCGAACACGGGAUCUGUCAGUAGUGGUCUCAAAGUCAUUUGCAGUGUCUGCCAUGUAUCUUGAGGAGAUCUCCCACACGACUGGAGUGACUUUGUUCCUCUGUGCCUUCGCUCUGCUUUUGCUGCUUCUCCACGGUCGACGGAGAGAACCAGGCUGUUCCUUGCCCCCAGGUCCCACACCUUGGCCUCUAGUGGGAAACCUUUUCCAGAUGGGGGAACAGAUCCAUUUGUCAUUAACAAACCUGAGGGUUCAGUAUGGAGAUGUGUUCCAGAUGAAACUGGGUUCUCUUGUAGUGGUCGUUUUGAGCGGCUAUUCUACCAUCAAGGAGGCUUUGGUACGUAAAGGAGAGGUGUUUGCUGGACGUCCUGACUUCUUUACCUUUUCUGCAGUUGCUAAUGGCACCAGUAUGACGUUUAGUGAGAAGUAUGGAGAAGCUUGGGUGCUUCACAAAAAGAUCUGCAGAAACGCCCUGAAGACCUUCUCCCAAGCUGAGUCGCGAGACUCAAGCGCUUCUUGUCUUUUGGAGGAACGUAUCUGUGCGGAGGCCGUAGAUAUGAUGGAGGCUCUGAAGAAACAAGCAGAUGAGGUUGGAGAUUCAGGGCUCGACCCAGUUAAGUUGCUAGUGACUUCAGUUGCCAAUGUGGUUUGCACUCUGUGUUUUGGGAAGCGGUACGCCCAUGACGAUAAAGAGUUCCUCACCAUCGUCAACAUCAAUAAUGAAGUGCUGCGCCUCUUUGCUGCAGGGAAUCUGGCGGACUUUUUCCCCAUUUUCCGCUACCUGCCCAGUCCGUCUCUGAGAAAGCUGCUCCAGUACAUUGACAGAAUGAACAACUUCAUGGAGCGCAACAUCAGUGAACAUCUCAUCACCUUUGAUAGGAACUGUAUCCGGGACAUUACUGAUGCCCUAAUAGCAAUGUGUGAGGACAGGCAGGAGGACGAGGAAACAGCCAUGCUCAGCAACUCGCAGAUCAUCCACAGUGUCAUUGACAUCUUCGGAGCGGGUUUUGACACUAUCAUCACCGGUUUGCAGUGGAGCCUUUUAUACCUGAUCAAGUUUCCAGACAUCCAGGCUAAAAUCCUUCAGGAGAUAGAAAACCAGGUUGGUAUGAACAGGCUACCACAGUUUAAAGACAAGCCAAACAUGCCGUACACAGAAGCUUUCAUAUAUGAAGUGUUCCGUCAUGCAUCCUAUAUGCCUUUCACCAUACCUCACUGUACAACUGAUAACGUUACACUAAAUGGAUACUUCAUUCCCAAAGACACAUGUGUGUUCAUCAACCAAUAUCAAGUCAAUCAUGACAUAGAUAUUUGGGGUGAUGCUGAGGCUUUCCGACCUGAACGUUUCCUUACCCUGUCUGGCCAUCUAAACAAAAACCUGACUGAGAAGGUAAUGAUAUUUGGUAUUGGAAUACGCCGCUGCCUUGGUGACAGCUUUGCCCGUCUGGAGAUGUUUGUGUUCUUAACCACCCUGCUGCAUCGGCUGCACAUUCAGAAUGUUCCAGGGCAGGAGCUUGACCUGAGCUCUACAUUUGCCCUCACCAUGAAGCCCAGGCCCUUCCGAAUAAAAAUCUCAACUCGUAACUAAGCUAUUGCACCUCAGAAUGAUUGCCAAAAUCAUAGAACGAAGCUAAUGUUGGGCAUCACUGAACCACAAAGCUAAUUAACCACUAGUCUUUAUUUCUCAUGUGGUCUAUUCAGCUCAACUGUUACUUGAAUAUUUGCUAUUGCACACAAUUGUGUAUUUUAAGCAUGUCCUUGCAUUAUUUGUGAUAAUACAUUAUAGCUAAGCAUUUAAGUUACUAGCACAGAUAUUUGAAGGCAUCAUUUAAAUGACACUGAAGGUUUGAAGAGGCCUUUCUGUUGAAAAGCUGCUUUGUGUUAAACUGAAUCAUCAGUGUGAGAGAAUCAGAAUUAAUGGUGUUGGUGAUUUUGCAUUAAUGAACAAAUCUUUUUAAUAAUUAAUAAAAUUCAGUUUAAUAUCAAUUUACUAUAAAAUAUUAUAGUCUCAAAUUAUAUUUACUGUGAAGUUGUCAUAUUACUGAACUCUGUUAACUGUCUUAUUUGUAACAUCAAGGAAUGUAAUAGAAUAUAGGACAAAAUUUGCAUUUAACACUUGUUUCAUUUUUCAAGUUUGUGAAGAGAGCGGACUGUUUCAGAUCUGUUUGUUUCUUACAAUAAUGCAUAAGCUGGUAUUGAUGAAGGAACAUUUAAAGGUUUGGGGUUUUUAAAGAAAUGUAUUAUUUUUAUUUAGCAAUAAUGCAUUAGAUUGCUCAAAAAGGGACAGUCAAGAUUUGUACAUUGUUAGAAAAAGCUAUUUCAAAUAAAUGCAACUGUUUUAACAUUGAUAAUAAUAAAAAAAAUUCUUCAGCAGCAAA